UGAAUAUAAGUUGAAGUCAGUCGGUUACUAGCAUCGCUGUAAUUCAGUUCAAUUUUAACUUAAAUUCGUUGAAAACUAUUUUUUUGCAUAACAAGAAACAAGAACAUUGAAACAUGAAAGUGUUGAUUGUGUUAGCCAGUGUGUUUUUGGUUGCAUACUGCAAAGAAGAGGACUGUGAGAAAUGUCCACCUAUACCGAAAUUAUACGACGAAUUGGGAUGUGUGGGUAAAAAGGACGACAAAGGAUGUUGUUUCGAACGUUUCGAAUGUCCUGAUUUGACGAAAUUGGACUCAAAAAAGUGCCAUCUGAAGGGAAAAUCAUAUUCAAUCAAAGAAAAGGCACCCGAAGAAGAUCUACCAAUUUGUAUGAACCAUUGCCGCUGUACAGACGUUAAAGGAAAGGCCGAAUUUGUGUGUCCAAAAUCGGAGUGUGCUGGCUAUAAAUGGACUCCUGAAUUUGCAGGUUGCCAACAUAUGUUCACCGAAAAUAGUUGUUGCUCAAAGAUGAUUUGUGAAAAAGUUGAAAGAACGACAUGCGAGUACAACGGUAAAAUCUAUCACGAAGGCACCAAAUUCUAUCCGGAUGAUGUACCAUGCCAUUCGUGCGUUUGCCAUAAAAAUUUCAAUGCAUCACUACCGAUGGCAUCGAACAAAUUUUGCCGUAAAAUUGACUGCGGACUGGAGUUACGCUAUUUCAACAAAAUGAAAGAAGGCUGCGUUCCGAUUUACUUCCAAACAAGCGCUUGCUGCCCCAUCGACUUCAAAUGUCCUACCGACUCAGACGAAUUCAUUCGAUUACCUGGCCGAUCCAAGGCUGAAGUUAUCCCAGAGAAAAUGUGCAAAUACGGAAAUAACACGCUACUGAUCGGAGAAAGACUGAAAACAAAAAAAACGUGUGUCAGUUGCACUUGCAAGCAACCACCCGUGAUGGAAUGCAUUCAAAGCAACUACUGCUGAAUUUAAAAAAAAUCCCUAACUUACUUACUGAAAGAAAAAAAUGGAAAAAUCGAAAUUUCUUUUUCAAAUAAAAUGAAAUUGAAGCCACAAAGAGAUUG